UUCCCUGUACAUUUGAGAGCUGCAUUACAACGGACGUUGUUCUUUCUCUGCUAACUCUUUGGAGUAACAUCUAUAAAUCCAUCAUUUUCAAAGGAGAACUGAGCACCAGGAUUUUGGGGACAUUAAUUACAGGCCCCCAACAAAAAAAUAGAUUCUCUGAGAACAUCUCAACAAGAGCAGCUUCAAAGUAGAGUGUUUCUCUAAUUGGGAAAGGAGGACCUGACAAACAACAUUUCCUGAACCCCUGCCUGUGCCCUCCACCAGCUGCCAAAAAUGGGGAAUGCCAAAAGCAGUGCUAUGUCCAAAGAGAUCCUGGAGGAUCUCAAACUCACCACCAAAUUCUCAGAGGAUGAACUGGCACAGUGGUACGAGAACUUCCAGAAGCAGUGUCCGUCUGGCCGUAUCACACCAGAUGAAUUUAAAAAGAUCUACGAACGUUUUUUCCCAGAAAGUGACGCCGCAUCAUAUGCCACGCAUGUCUUCCGCUCCUUUGACACGAAUGAUGAUGGAACAUUGGAUUUCAAGGAAUACAUCAUCGCUCUACAUAUGACAUCAACUGGAAAGACGGAGCGGAAGCUGGAGUGGGCCUUUUCACUCUUCGAUGUUGACAAGAACGGCUACAUCACCAAGUCAGAAGUGAGAGAAAUCUGCCAGGCUAUCUUUAAGCUGAUCCCUAAAGAGGCCCAAGAGGAUCUUCCAGCAGACGCGAACACUGCUGAGAAGAGAGCAGACAAACUGUGGUCGUACUUCAAUAAAAAAGAAAAUGAGCGAUUGGCUGAGGGCGAGUUUAUUCAAGGUAUUCUUGACAAUGAAGACGCUAUCCACCUUAUUCAAUAUGAGCCCAAAAAGUAACAAUAAAACGAGAACAAUAACACUGUAUUUUUAUUGUCAUGUGGUUUCCUU